AUGUCUACAAUGAAAGCAGAAUGCAGCGGUGGUGCUGAUGUACGUGCUGACCUUGCUUCCAAAGACAAUGAAAUGCUAAACAUUCAUAAAGCCAAUCAGAUAUUCACACUACAAAAGAAUAUCGAGUUUUUAAAGAAGAACCAUCAGGAAAUGCUGAUGACAUUGCAUAAUGAAGUAGAGCGCCUCAAGAAAUCGAAUUGUGAACUUCAGCACAUGCUUAUUUUGGAGCGAAAGUCAGUGAAUUCUGCAGCGGACGAUGCAGACGUAACGCUCUUGAUGGGAAAAAUUCGGGAUCUUGAGACCCAACUUCAAUCAGCUCAGCAGAAAAAUGAACUACUAAAAAAGGAGCUCGAAACGAGAAAGAGAUUUAAAUUCGCUAAUAGACACGUUGUGGCUGAAAGUCAUUCGCCCAUUGUCCAAAAAGCUGAAAAGAUCAGGAAGACGGGAUCGUGUAUGAAAGAAAACACGACUAUUGUGGGAGAUUCGCCCGUCGAGUUGCAUCGAAAAUGGGCCGAAAAUUCAUCCUUUUAUGCUGAAAACCAUACGGGUUUAGGAAAACCUCCACUUAAGGUGUCCUUGCCGGAAUCGGUACAUAACAUACCGUUGCCAUCGAUUGUGCAACAUGAUUUGUCGGAUCGAUCGACGAGCCGCUUGAGUCCAGUCUCGCCAGGCCACCACACCACGCCGACUUACGCACAUUGGACACCGUUCGCGCAUCUCAGACCAAGUGUCAACCGACGCGUGGCUGACCCUAAGGCAUGUCUGGUGCCUCUCAAGCUAAUCCCGCCCAUGCCUACAUGUAGUGGCUUGCAACAUAUCUCCGCUACUGCCGCGACAGUUAAUCUCAAGCUCACCCCACAGGCUACACCAAAGAAGGUCUCUUUUACUUCUCCUGUAAGAUCCACCCUCACUGGGAUUUCCACAGGACCAAAAACUAUUCAAGUUUACUCAAAAGGAGACAAUCAGACGCUGAUAUCAACGAAGAACGACCCUUUCAGCUAUCCUGAGGAGCCGUUGAUCUGUUCCCGUGAUACCGCUCACAGACCCCAGAUGCUGUCUUCGCUAAGACAGACUCUGCGACCCCUCGUUCGUCGCAAACUGAACUCCAAGGACUCGAAGAAACACCUUUUCUGA